AUGACUCAGCGUCUAUAUACGGAGGUCAAUUAACAGCGACCGUUUCGUAUUCAUUUUCUAAAUGUUCUUAUUUUGAAAAAAAUCUAAUAAUACCUGAGACCAUUUCAAAUUAAUCAUGGAUAACUUUCGUGGUUUAUUUGUUAAACUGGAUAAGGAUAAUAAUGGCUUCAUAUCAGUGGAUGAGCUUCACAAUGAGAUGAGAAAAUCGGGAAUCCUACCCACUGAAAAGAAGGUUAAGAACAUCCUUGAAGGCUACGACCAAGACAAGGAUGGUAGAUUGGAUUACAAUGAAUUCCUCCAUUACAUGACGGACAGGGAGAAAAAAUGGAAAAUUCACUUCCAUGAGCUUGACAAGAACAAGUGUGGGUUGAUUGACCAGGACGAUAUCAUUUGUUUGUUUAAGGAGUUAGGAGUGAGCAUUUCACAGCCGAAUGCAAAAAGAAUAAUACAAAUGAUGGACAAGGACAACUCUAUGACGGUGGACUGGGGGGAAUUCCUACACCAUAUCAUUCUCAACCCUGCAGAUAACAUUGGUGAACUGGUGUCGUCUUGGAAACACAGUUUGGUUUUUGACGUGGGCGAGAGUCGUCCCCUCUCCUUGGAGUUCCCAGAAGGAAUGUCGGGCUCCGGCGCGUGGAGGAGGUUUGUCCUUGCGGCGGGACUGGCGGACGCCAUCUCUCGAACGGUCACGGCCCCCAUCGACCGACUAAAGACCCAGCUGCAGGUCCAUGGAUCCAAGACGUUUGCACAGGCGUUUGCGAAGCAGAGGGCGGGCGGGCUACGGUCGAUGUGGCAAGGAAACGUUGUCAACGUGCUGAAGGGAACGCCACAGUCCACUCUACAGUGCAUGAUAUACACUCAGAUGAAGAUGUACACCCAGGAUCGGACCAAGGAAGGCCUGUCGGUACAGCAGCGGUUUGGCCUGGGGUGCGGCUCUGGUGCUUUUGCCCAUGCUGUCUUCUACCCUUUAGAGGUCUUGAAGGUGAGGCUGAACCUGCAGCACAGCGGCACCUACCUCGGCAUGGUGCAGUGCGCGCGCUCCGUCUACCGUAACGAGUCGCUGGCCUCCUUCUACCGGGGCUUCGGCCCCAGCCUGCUCUGCAUGAUCCCGUACGCGGGCGUGGAGUGCGCCGUGCAUCAGACCAUUGUGAACUGGGCCAGAAAUGAUCCGUCCUACAACAGCGACUCCCAGCUGUUUUUCUUCAGCUUCGUUGCCUUUGCCUCUGGACAAGUGACCAGCUACCCACUGGCGGUGAUACGAACACAGCAACAGGCCCAGGCUUUCUGCGCGGUUUCAAACCCCGGCUCAAGUGUAUUACAAGGAUUUACUGGAAUCUACGCAAGGCACGGACUGAGAGGGUAUUACAACGGCCUGGGAGCCAGCUUCAUCAGGGCAGUUCCAUGUGCUCUGCUGAACUACACGUUAACCAGGAAAUUAGAAGUUCUGUUUGACUCCACAUGGUCCUGAGUCAAACUUUUAUUAUAUUCAUGGUGAUCAGGGAAUAUGUGUUUUUGUCAAAGACCAGCAGGAUGUGCUCGUGUGAAAUCCACAUUUAGGAUCAUAAAGGAUAUAGGCUGGUGUCAUUCCAUUACUAAUACAAGCUAUACUCUUUUGAAGCCCUGUGACUAAUUUGGAGUUGAACGAACAGUGCUGUAACCAGAAGCCUGGAUGUAAUAUUUAAACUGUGUGAU